UGCAGUCCAGGGUCAGCCCUGGGGUCCCCAUGCCCAGGGGUGGGUGCCAGUAAAUCAAGGAUCCCUUUAGACACCCCCCACCCCCAGCUGAGCCAUGGAGACCUGGGAGGAACUGCCCCGUGAGUCCUUGGUGCCCACAAACUCCAAGCCCCCUCAGCCUGUCUUUCUGCCCAUCUCCCCCACUGUCAACACCUCUUCUGUGUGGUGAGCAGACCGCUCACCCCUCUAGGUGAAGAUGUCGGCCCAGGAAAGCUGCCUCAGCCUCAUCAAGUACUUCCUCUUCGUUUUCAACCUCUUCUUCUUCGUGCUGGGCAGCCUGAUCUUCUGCUUCGGUAUCUGGAUCCUCAUCGACAAGACCAGCUUCGUGUCCUUUGUGGGCUUGGCCUUCGUGCCCCUGCAGAUCUGGUCCAAAGUCCUGGCCAUCUCGGGAAUCUUCACCAUGGGCCUCGCCCUCCUGGGUUGUGUGGGGGCCCUCAAGGAGCUCCGCUGCCUCCUGGGCCUGUAUUUCGGGGUGCUGCUGCUCCUGUUUGCCACACAGAUAACCCUGGGAAUCCUCAUCGCCACUCAGCGGGCCCAGCUGGAGCGAAGCGUGCAGGAUAUCGUAGAGAAAACCAUCCAGAACUACCGCACCAACCCUGAGGAGACACCGGCCGAGGAGAGCUGGGACUACGUGCAGUUCCAGCUGCGCUGCUGCGGCUGGCACUCCCCGCAGGACUGGUUCCGGGUCCACGUCCUCAGAGGCAACGGGUCGGAGACGCACCGCGUGCCCUGCUCCUGCUACAACUUGUCGGCGACCAACGACUCCACAAUCCUGGAUAAUGUGAUCUUGCCCCAGCUCAGCAGGCUCGGACCGCGGUCCAGACACAGCACAGACAUCUGCGCGGUCCCUGUACAGAGCCACAUCCACCGCGAGGGCUGCGCGCAGAGCCUCCGGAAGUGGCUGCACAACAACCUGAUUUCCAUAGUGGGCAUCUGCCUGGGCGUCGGCCUACUCGAGAUGACUGUCAUGGUGCUGAGCGUACAGCUACAGCGCAGGGCACUCCGCCGGAAACGCGAGCCGCACGUGCCGGGAGCCCGGGGUUCGAGCCCCGGGCCCAGCCUGAUCGCUGACAGCAGCGGCGGCGGGCGCUGUGGCGUGCUCAGCAGCAGCGGGCGCAACGUCAAUCUGUGGAGUGGCUGGGGCAUGGCGGGUGCCUGCCCCAACUGGGGAGACAAGGCCCCACAGGGCAAGCUGCCCAUGGCCCUGGGGCCCUGGCCGCUGUGGGUUCAAGACGUGGACCAGCCUGAUACCGGGAUUGUGGGCGCAGAAUUAGAGACCGAGGCAGAAUUAGAGGCCGAGGCAGAGGGGGAGACAGAUGAGCCUCCAGAAUAAAGGACCCUGUGCUUGCUUCUGACCUUA